GCUCGUACCCUCCCAUUUCCACUGUGAAUCUUCCUUCCCUUAAAUUCCUCCCCACCUCCCCUCCGCGGCAGAAAAGAAAACCAAAAAGGGCCGGCGGAAGGGACAAUAAAGAAGAAAGGGAAGUCUCACGCACUCCCACUCCCUCGCCGUCUCCGCCUGCUGCGUACCAGGAACUCGGUAGCAGACGAGGCGCUCCCAUGGAGGAAAUGAGGCAGCGGGGAGACUAGAGGAGGGAGAAGGGCGCCGUCUUGGGUUUUCAGGUUGGGGCCUCCUUCUGUUGCUUCGUUCUUGGUGGGGGUUCCGGCGACAUGCCGACCGUUCGAUACCUGAUACGGAACGAGUACGGGUUGGCGGAUCCAGAGCUCCACCGAGCCGCCGACAAGGAUGAUCCCGAGGCCAUCCUCGAAGGGGUGGCCAUGGCCGGCCUCGUCGGCGUACUUCGUCAGCUCGGAGAUCUUGCAGAGUUUGCUGCAGAAAUAUUUCGUGACUUGCAUGAAGAAAUUAUGGGAACUGCAGCUAGAAGUCAUGGUUUGACACUUCGCGUCCAGCAGCUUGAGGCAGAGUUUCCAUCAGUUGAGAAGUCUUUUUUAUCUCAGUCUAGUCAUUCGAGUUUUGCUUACAAUGAUGGCAUUGAUUGGCGCUGUACUAUUCAAAUGGAUCAAAACCUAAUCACUCAAGGGGAUAUGCCACGGUUUAUAUUGGACUCAUAUGAAGAAUGCCGUGGACCACCUCAGCUAUUCACCCUGGAUAAAUUUGAUACUGCUGGUGCUGGUGCAUGUUUGAAAAGGUAUUCGGAUCCAUCAUUCUUUAAGAUGGAAUCAGUCUCCUCCGGCUUGUUGGAAACUUAUAUUCCAAAGGAGAAGAAAUCACGUAAGACGAGGAAGAAGGGAUCACGUUGGAGGAAUUGUCAAAGUCUUGAGUCUUUACUGUCGCCACAUGCAAAUUCCAAUUUGCAUCCAACGACUUCUGAUCAGGUUUCAAAUAAAUCUGCCACAAAAUUUAGGAGGUUGAGAUCUAGGAAUUCAAAUGGUACUAGUGGAAGCAUUGGAAUUAACCUGAGAAAGCUUCUUCUUGAACUGCAUUCAGAUAACCAGAAAGUUGUUUAUGAUAAUUCUGGAAGUCGUUUAAACAUAAAUGUGAAUUUAGUUGAUUCAAGUGAAUUAACUUGUGAAUUGCAUGACACUGUUAUGGAUGUGUCAGCAAACCAUCCAUUAGCAAGAUAUGCAAGUCCUAUCAAAACUCCUACAAAAGAAGUGCCAGUCUUAACAACAUAUGAGUUGGAUUGUUGGAAGGAAGAAGUUGAAGAAUUGUCAGAAGCACAAUAUGAACCAUUUGGUCAAGUACAAAGUCCACAGAGGAUUUUUAACUUCAUGGAAAAAAACGAAAAGCUUGCUGAUUCUGAAAAAAAAUCAGAAGGUAGUGCCUGUGACUAUAAGCUAAGUGAUCUUGAGAAAACCACAUCUCUUCACGUUGUAGAUUAUACAUUGGUAGAGGAUGAACUUAAACUAGAAGGCAGUACUGAUGGCUACAGGAGUGAAGACAUUGGUAGUGAGCUGGAGAAUUUCAUGGAUGCCUUAAACAGCAUGGAGUCGGAAGUAGAAAUGGAUUUUGAAAAUAAAGGCAGGCCAGAUCUUGGUAUUCUGAUAAAGGAAGCCCUUGAGAUGGAUAUUGACACCAGUGAAAGACCAGAGGGGCUGCAAACUAAUAUCUUGAAACCUGGUUCUUCUGAAGUCUCCACAUUAAGGUUGAACAACAUUCAAAAGGGUGGAAUGUCAUGCGUUCCAUACUCAGAUACAUCAAGUAAUUUUACUGAGAUGCCAGCAACUCAAGAAAAACUAAUUUCCUCAAAUUCUUCUGUGAACUCAGAACUUUGUAAUGAAACCCAUGAUGAAAAUAAAGGCAGACCAGACCUUGGUAUUCUGAGAAAGGAAGCUCAUGAGAUGGAUUUUGACAGCAGUGAGAGACCAGAGGAGAAGCAAUGUGAUAUUUCUGAACCAGAUUCUGCUGAGUUCUCCACUGUGUCAGUAAGGUUGAAUGACAUUCAAAAGAGUGGAAUGUCAAGUGAUGUGUACUCAGAUACUUUGAGUAAUUUAGCUUCAGUGUCAGCAACUCAAGAAGAAGCAGUUUCCUCAAAUUCUUCUGCAAACUCAGAACUCUGUGAUGAAACCCAUGGUGAAAAUAAAGGCGGACCAGAUCUUGAUAUUCUGAGAAAGGAAGCUCAUGAGGCAGAUUUUGACACUUGUAAGAUACCAGAGGAGAAGCAAAGUGAUAUUUCCGAACCAGAUUCUGCUGAAGUCCCCACUGUGUCAGUAAGGUUGAAUGACGUUCAAAAGAGUGGAAUGUCAAGUGAUCCGUCCCCAGAUACUUUGAGUAAUUUAGCUGUGGUAUCAGAAACUCAAGAAGUAGUUUCCUCAAAUUCUUCUGCAAAUUCAGAACUUUGUGAUGAAACCCAUGAUAAAAAUAAAGGCAGACCAGAUCCUGAUGUUCUGAGAAAGGAAGCUCAUGAGAUGGAUUAUGACACCAGUGAGAGACCAGAGGAGAAGCUAAGUGAUAUUUCUGAACCAUAUUCUGCUGAAGUCUUCACUAUGUCAGUAAGGUUGAACAACAUUCAAAAGAGUGGAAUGUCACAUGUUGCAUGCUUAGAUACCUUGAGUAACUUAGCUGUGAUGUCAGCAACUCAAGAAGAAGUUGUUUCCUCAAAUUCUUCUGCAAACUCAGAACUUUGUGAUGUAACCCACGAUGAAAAUAAAGUCAGACUCAAUCUGGAUGUUCUGAGAAAGGAAGCUCAUGAGAUGGAUUUUGAGAGACCAGAGGAGAAGCAAAGUGAUAUUUCUGAACCAGAUUCUGCUGAAGUCUCCACUAUGUCAAUAAGGUUGAACAACAUUCAAAAGAGUGGAAUGUCACGUGUUGCAUGCUUAGAUACCUUGAGUAAUUUAGCUGUGAUGUCAGCAACACAAGAAGAAGUGGUUUCCUCAAAUUCUUCUGCAGACUCAGAAAUUUGUGAUGUAACCCAUGAUGAAAAUAAAGGCAAACCAGAUCUUGAUAUUCUGAGAAAGGAAGUUCAUGAGAUGGAUUUUGACACCACUGAAAGACCAGAGGAUAUGCAAACUGAAAUUUCAGAACCAGGUUCUGCUGGCCUCUCUGCCGUGUCAGUGAACUUGAACAACAUUCCGAAGAGUGGAAUGUCAAGUAUUCCUUACCUAGAUACUUUAAGUAAUUUAGAUGAGAUGCCAGCAACUCAACCGACGGUAGUUUCCUCAAAUUCUUCUAUGAACUCAGAACUUCAUGGUGAGACCAAUGAUAAAAGCUGUGAAGAGAUUUUGCCACAUGAUGAGGUUGUCAAUUCAGCUGAACCCAAGUCUGAUGAAGCUAGCAACAGGAAGACAUUUGAUGGUUUGAAUUUAGAUAUCAAAGAUGAAUCUUGCAGUUCAUUUGUGAUUAAAUCAACUUCUAGUCUCAUUAACAUUGAUCCUAAAGAAAGUUUUGAUGCACAGCAAUUAGUUACUGUUCUCCUGAAUGAUGCUUCAGCUGGUCUUAACGCCAAAGGAACAGAUGAGACAACAAAAUGCUUGGAUGGUUCAACUUACUUGGGAAGCAAUUCUCCUGCAAAACCUCAUCAUGCAGAGCACGUGGAUGAGCCAAUUUUAAAAGACAUGAUGGAGACAUUUGAAAUGCCCAAUGAUCUUUCCUGUUCACCAAUAAGAAGUGUUUCCAUGGAUGAUUUUGGCAAUGAAUAUUCAUUGGUUACCACUGUGCCCACAGCAAAAGAGAUGCAGCAUUCGUUGGAUCAAGAUAUUGAAACCUUUGCCUCAGAAGAAGGUACAGUAACUAAUUCAGGUGGGAGCAGCUUAACAUCCAUCAUCGCCUUUGUCCCUGACACUGGCAUGGAUUUGCAGCAUCACCAAUUAGCUGCAGACACAAACAAUGGUCAGCAUCCUGAAGAAACAAACACAGAAACAUCUUUUGAUUAUAUGAAGGGAACUGAUGGUGUGGCCCAAAAUAUGAAUGGCUCAUCUGUCCAGACUAAAGAUGACAAUGUUUCUGAAAGCCUUCAUCUCACUCAUAAUCCUGUUGAGCAAAUGUCUGAAGAGAUGUCUCUGAGACCCGACACAUCUGAUCAUCUUUCAGACACGAAGCAUGAGAGUAGUCUUGCAAAAGAUUUUGCAUGUUAUAUUGAAGUUCCCCAACAUCUUUCAAAUGUAACCAUAGGAAAGAGAACAGAUUCGAUGAAUCAAGAUGCAGAAGUAGAUUCAACUGAAACCAUUUUCUCUUCUGUUUCUGCUAUUGUUGCCAUCAAUGAUAAAGAUUGCUUGACGGAAAUGGAAAAUCUAAUUGCUGUUGAAAAUCUAUCUUAUUCAAGAUCAGAAGUUGGCUUCAAAGAUGCUGACAGAGUGGCAGAAAACAAUGUUGAAUUGCCUGAAACACGGCAACUGCAGUUGGAGUUUCUUGCUAACAAAGAGGAAUCUCAAGAGUCCCCCAGGGUUAGCUCAGCAGAGGAAACUCAAGAAUCUUCCAUAAUGAACUCAGAAGAACAGGUGCGUUGGUGUUCUGAAAGUGAAACAAUUUCUAAUAGGGUCAUGAAUUCUCCCAUGUUUUUUCUUGAUCAUUUGAAAUUUCCAAAUGAGUUUAAUCAAGAUAACCCUCAGAAGAACAUUCAAGAGAUUGAACAGAUUAUUCACAUUGAUAAUGUGUCAGCUGAAAAUUUUCCGUCUAAAGAUGAAGCUAAAAGUUAUGAUCCUUCCUUGAUGUAUACUCAAGAGGCAUCUGGCCUUCGGUCACAGUUGCUAGAGGAUAGUCCAAAGAAGGUGAAAAUGUUGGGUAAGGCGGACACUCUGAACAUGACAGUUACUUCAGAGGCAGGACAAUCAGCAUUAGACCCUGGUGUUUCAUGCUCUGGAAUGUCUGCUAAACAUUCAUUUAAUGCAAAUGAUGCUGGAUUCCUUGGAGACAUAGGCAUCAUGGUGCCAGCUGAGCAUGUCCAAGCAUAUCUGCAAACUUGUACUCAUGAUGCACAUCUAAAAUAUCCUAUGGAAUGCGAACCAGACCUUGGUUCAAAAUCUUUUGCACAAGGUUGUCAGAGAAGUGAAAAACAUCAGACAACUCUAUUGACCGGCAUUUUAGUAUCUGAUCCUGCAAGUUUACCUGGAGUCUCUACGUCACAAGCUGGUGAUGAAGUUAAAGUAGAAUCAGAAUCUUCGCAUCACAAGGGUGAAUAUCUUGAGUUUGGCAUUCCUUUUAUUGACAUUGAUGAUAAACCCUCAGAUGGAUAUGAACCAAACUAUCAUGCUUUUGUGAACAAUGGAAAGUACAAUGAUUUGGAUGAGCUGCCAAAUGCAGGCAUGGUCGGUAAACUGUGUACAGAAGCCCUUGUUUCAUCAAAAGGCAGUCCUCCUGAAGUUUCUGCAGGUUAUGCUGUUUCCAAUGUAUUAGAUAUGAUGUUUUCGCUGGUGUCAAGUUCUGAUGUGACUGUUACUGAGAGUGCAUCCAGAUUAUCCCAUGAGCCACAGUCAGAUGAACCAACUUCCAGCUACCCCAUGCAAAAUCCUGAAGAACCACCACUUCCCCCUCUUGAAUGGAGAUCUCGAAAGCUUUCGUUGAGCCCUUUAUUACCAAUUGAAAAUUCAUCUCAAUCUCUGGCUGGAACAAAAACAUUUAUGGCACUAUCGGAGAGCAAACCAGCAAACUUACCUACUGCACCACCAUUGGGUUCGUCUGAAUUGCCACCAAUUAUUGUUGAUCAGAUCCAUCAGCAUGUAUCCUUAGGGGAUGCAAUUGUGCAUUCACUAAAUGCAUCUUCAUCAAUAUCGUCAUCUUCGGAGUAUGAGAUGAGUCAGUGUGCUUGCAACACACAGGAUGGACUAAAAUUAUCUCUUGUAGAUACAUUUACACCAUCUGCAACAAUGGAAAACCAAAUCUCUCAGGAUUCCACAUCACAGGAAGAGAAGAUUCAAGUGAUGUCAGAUAAAAGAUUUCAACUUAGCCAACUGUGGUCAGGAUUAGGGUUGGUGAAACCUCAUUAUUCUGAUCUCAGUCACCUAAAUUUGGAAAAGGAGACAGUCGAGCCUCAGAAUCCUUUCUUGGUUGAAUCUGCUUUAGGAGAUGCUAACCAUCACCGUAAUUAUGGGGGCUUUGGCAGUGUAAAUAUGCACCUUCUAGAGUCAUCAGAGCUCUCAGUCUCUUCAGGUGUUGUACCUGAGCCUAACUUGGUAUAUUCUUUGGAAGGGAAUCAGUCCACCCUCUUUGGUUUUGUACCUACAACAGAAGAUGAUUGGUUUAGUAUUAAACCCUGUUCCAUACGAAACCGUCCCAGAAAUCCACUGAUAGAGGCUGUUGCUGCUCAUGACAGAAGCACGUUAAGGAAGGUACCGGAGCUGGCUAGGCCUUUGAAUGAGUCAAAAGCAGAUAAAAAGGAUCCAUUGCUGGAGUCUAAUAUUUUGCAGUUGAGAAAGGUAUCAGAGAUUGUUAAGCCUUCCGAUAAGCCGAAGGCAAAUGAGAGAGAUGCAUUACUGGAGCAGAUAAGAAACAAGUCUUACAGCCUGAAGCCAGCAGUUCUUUCAAAGCCAAACAGUAAGGGUCAUCCAACGAACAUUAAAGUUGCUGCCAUCUUGGAGAAAGCAAAUGCAAUCCGCCAGGUAAUUGCGGGAAGUGAUGAAGAGGACGGUGGAGAUAGCUGGAGUGAUUGUUGAGUACCAACUGUUUCCUGUAAAUUGUUGUGCUCUCCUAGAUGAGGUAUGCUCGUUUUGUACAUCAUGUGGCUUGAUUCGGCAAGAUGUAGUUGCACGAGAGCAUGGCUAUAUUAAUGUCAGCAAGUCUACUUAAGCUUCAACGUAAUGCUGACAGGAGGCCCUUAUUCCACUCAAAUUAUACUAUCAUGUAUAUAGUAUAUACUAUUCCCUUUCUUUUGUUCUA